AUGGACGGCAUGGAUUGGACGGAUCUGGAGACGCGCGUUGGCGGGUGGAAGGAGCAGAUCAGCAUGGCGGUGGAUGUGGUGUUUAAAGCGGAGAGGGCGCUCUGUGAAACGGUGCUGGCAGGGUUGGAGCCGCACACGGGCAAGGCGUUGGCGGACCUGGCGGGGCCCACGCUGGGCAUGCUGUUUGGGUUCGGAGAGGCCGUGGCGGGCCAAAAGAAGCCGGUGAACAAGGCCAAGGAUCUGAUGGACAUGUUUAGAACGCUGCUGGUUAUGUAUGAGACAAUGGGGAAGCUUAUGCCUCAGGUGGAGGUGGUGUUUGCGGGCCCGGCAUGUGAGCCCAUCCGGGGCAGCGCGCAGCAGCUGCUGCAGCGACUAGCAACGGCGGCCAAGGAGGCGUUUAACAACUUUGAGCUCGCCGUGGCGAGCGAUGAGAACUACAGCAUGCCGCGCGAUGGCACCAGGCAUGCACUCACCAGCCACGUGGUGAACAACUUCAACCUUCUCAAUGAAGGCUUCCAGCCCACCAUGCAGUCACUCUUUGGCAGUGGCAGCAGCAUCUUCAUUGAAACCACCAAGCGGGUAUUUGCAGCGCUUUACGCCAACCUGGUGGAGAGGAAGAGCACGCAGUACGACGACGCGGCGCUGGGGCACUUCUUCCUCAUGAACAACGUGCACUACAUCGUGGAGCGCGUCAUCAAGUUCGAGCUGAACGAGGUGGUGGGGAAGGACUGGGUCGACCAACAACGUUGCAUCGUGCAGCAACACGCAGUGGCGUACCUUCGGGUGUCGUGGAGCAAGAUUCAUUCGCUACUGAAGCCGGCAGGGCUGUUAGACGAUGGCCUCGAGAGCAUUGCACGCCGCAACGCUGUCAAAGAGAGGUUGCGUGUGUUCAACGCCACGUUUGAGGAGCUGCAUCGCACGCAGCGCAUGUGGAAGAUUCCGGUCCCCGAGCUGCGAACGGCCCUGCAGCAGAAGAUCUCCAAGGAUCUGCUGCCCAAGUACCGCUCCUUUCUGCAGUGCUACACCCCGGUGUUGGAUAGUGGCAGGCGCUUAGGCUGCAGCAGCAGCGAGGAGGCCAGCAAGCACAUUCGCUACACGGAUGAAGACCUUAGGGUGCUGCUCCGCGAGCUCUUCCAAGGGGCAGAUGCAGCAGCCUCCUAG